UGGCCUCUCAUCCCAAAAUACCUAGGAGCCAAUGGAGUGGGAAAACCCGGGACCCUGAAGAGAGAGGGAGCUAAAGCGGGUGGAUUGCUGUGAGGAGCACCCAUUUAUGAUCCAGGUCCUGCUGAAGGCUGGGAUUCCUCUCGGGACUUUGUUGACUUGUGGAUAGCAGGCUUGCUCUGCUGAUUCAUUGUCAUCACUAUCAAAAUGGUGAUCAAAGUCUUUGUAGCCACAUCUUCGGGGUCUACAGCGAUCAAAAAGAAACAGCAAGAGGUAGUGGGCUUUUUAGAGGCCAACAAGAUUGACUUUCAGCAAAUGGACAUAGCAGGUGAUGAGGACAACAGGAAAUGGAUGAGAGAGAAUGUUCCUGGAGAAAAAAAGCCUCAAAAUGGAAUUCCUCUUCCUCCACAGAUCUUCAAUGAGGAGCGGUACUGUGGGGACUUUGAAUCCUUUUUCUCUGCUAAAGAAGAAAAUAUUAUUUAUUCAUUCCUGGGUCUUGCUCCUCCUCCAGGCACAAAGGAGACUGAAAAGUCUGAUACUACUGGUGAAACUGAGGCACACACAGAACACAGUGCAGAUGAAGGGGCCCAUGAAGAGCCUCAGCCACCAUCAGAAGAUCAGCAGGAAAACAAGGAAGGAGAUGCGGCGGCAGGGGAAGAAGAAGAAAAACAUGAAGAGGGAGAAGAAAAGGAAGAAGAAGGAAAGCAAGAAGAGGGAGAAGAAAAAGAAGAGGUGGAGGAACAAGAAGAGUCUUAGUACACUUCCUUAUGACACAUUCUCUCUUGAAAGGUUUUCAGGAAGCACAAGCUGGAGCAGCCCUGCCAAAGGAAAAGCCUCCCUCUUAAGCAAACCGUCACUACCUUACAUGCCUGUAUACAUGUGAACAUAUAAAUACAGAACAACAAAGAUACCACUGUAUCCUACUUGUAGCCUUUGUAUAUAUAUUUGGUAUUACAAUUGCUUGUUAAAGUGGAUCUUCUUAUACCUGAUUGCUGAUAUUUCAGUUGGUUGUUAUGUGUUGGAAUAGUAUUGUCCAUGUCGUAUCUUAGAUUGUGAGUUCCCCAGAGCAGGAACCAUGUCUUUCUCCAUGUUUAUGUACUGUCAAGCACACUGCUACCACUCAUCAGAUAACUGCACUCACACAAGUGGUGUUAUAUUCGGAGAAAAAGAAAUUCAGAGCUGAAAACUACAAAAAGGCUUCCUGUAUGCAACUUAUGUGAGUCACUUCUCCCUCAGCUGGCUUUUGAAAGCGAUUGAGAUUUCCAUUGUACAGCAGUUUAAAUAAAUGCAUUUUCUGUCACAUCCA